GCGAUUUUUGCCGCGGACCCCCCCCCGCCCGCCUCUUCCUCCUCCCACCCCCCGAAUCCCGGUAGUGAAAGGAACGCCGUGGACAAGUUUGGCACAUCGGUAUGUUUACUUCGAAUUACCAAGUUCAGCUUUGCAAACGCUCUCCAACCUACUCUCGUCCGCCUUGAAUAGCUGACCCAGGUGUCCCGAAAUUACUCUUCCCAUGAUGGGCCGUGAGCGGACAAACCCUUUUCGCAGAUUUUUCAAAUACGACCCCGCCAAAGGUGCAUCUAUGUGUACCAUUGGCGGCUGCCAAAGGGUUAUGUCGGGAAACCACGGGGCCAAUCUUGAGCGACAUGUUCGCCGCUUCCACCCUGAAGAGUUUCAUUUGGCGACCACCAAUGUGAAAUGCGAAAAGGAAGAUGGGCCUCCAUAUGACUAUGGGGAGCCUUCAAGCAAGAAGCCAUGUCUCACACCAGGGACACUUCAGAUACCUAUCGAUUCUAUGGUAUUCAAGAAGCCCAAGUGUAUCCCCGUAAAAAUUACCGCUGACCAAAUCCUUGAUGCCUGUACGGAGCUCGUAACCCUGAACGGUCACCCUUUUUCUCUUAUGGAGGACUCUGGGUUCAGGAAACUCAUUGACCCUGUGCUCAAGGGAUUAGGAGGCUCCCUGGUUAUCAAUGCUGAAAACAUUCGGGAGAACGUGAGCGUUGUUGCCGCUGCAGUGCGUAGUCAUAUUAAUAUGGAGUUGAAGGACAAACUCAUCUCUUUGAAAGUGGACAGUGCUUCAUAUCUCGAUCGCUCUGUCUUGGGGAUCAAUGCACAGUAUGUCCGUGAUGGAGAAAUCGUAAUGCAUACCCUCGCGAUGAAGGAAGUUAAAAUAAGCCACAGUGGGGAAAAUCUUGCAGCCAUCAUUGUAGAUGUGCUGCACGAGUACAACAUUGAUGUGGGGAAGGUCUAUACAAUCACAACAGACAACGGUUCCAACAUUAUUAAAUCACUUUCCCAGGGACAAAUGGAGAAAAAUUAUGGUGAUGACUGUGAUGAAGAAACGGAGGAAGCCAUUGCAGAAACGGAGGACAUCAUGGAGAGUCUCGAGCGGUCGAAACUGUGCUUGAGUGAGAUAGCGGGCCCACAUUCGGUAAUGAGAGGAGUGCACUGUGCAGCUCAUACGUUGCAGCUUGCCAUCGACGACUUUCUCAAGGAGCCCUCUAUCGCUAACCUUGUAUCUAAUGCCAGGCGGGUCUGCAAAAAAUUGAAUAUAAAGAUGCCUGUUUUCAACUGCUAUACCAGGUGGCAGUCAAUUUUUGACAUGCUGGAAUGUAUCCUCGAACUGAAGGACUUCUGCCAGUACAUGGCCAUGUCUAACCCUGAUCUAAUGCUUGAUGAUAAUGUUUGGGAUCGUAUUGAGUGUCUGCUGGCGGCUUUAAAGCCUGCAAAGAUGGCGACAAAACAUUUCCAGACAGAGCAAUUGACCAUCGGGGAUGUUUACGGAGCGUGGAUAAAAUGCCAUUUGGAAACUGCCAAUGUCAAGUCAAUAUAUUCCGAUGCUCUGGCGAUUGCCAUGAAGAAGUGCGAGAAGCAACUGUUGGACAGCGACGCCAUUCUGGCCGCCGUCUACAUGGACCCAAGGUAUAGUGUCCUCUUGACGGACAGAGAAGCAGAAAAGGCGAAGCAGCACUUGUGUCAGACGUGGACUGCGGUGGAGCUGUGCAGCAGGCUUGCGCGUGAUUUGCAGACCGAUCGGUCAUCGGACGACGAUGGGACCGACCGAGAAUGCGACGAGCUCGAGAGGUUCCUUCGCGAGAAAGAGGACUCUCGUCGCCAUUCAGGAAAUCUGGCUGCCGCGCCCGCACUUGGCAUGCACAUAGGAACGGUGCUGCAGGUGUUCGCGAACGAGCCUCGCCUUAAAAAGGAUGCAAACGUCCUCAUGUACUGGGAGAGUUGGAAGCAUUCCAAGCCAGAGCUCUUUCAGCUAGCUCAGCUCUCUCUUUCAGUCCCUGCAACACAGAUCAGUUAUGAGAGGGUGGUCUCUGCCCUCAGUGUAAUUCUCUCCCCUCAUCGAUGCAAUCUCGACAAUGAGACGCUUGAAGAUAUAUUGAUGGUGCAACUCAACAAGAAAUAUGGACAUUAGCGCAUUUCUGUUUCAUUUCCAGACUAACAUUUUGGUAUAUUUUAAUGGCAUGCAUUUACACUCAAGUAUGACUGUAUAUAUAGGUAUAGUGUGUAUGAAAUGCGUGUAGGUGUUAGUAAUGUAAAACUGAACUGAACUUGAAUAGUUUGAGUGCUGUUUUUGAUCUAUCGGUAUUUGAUGUGUGUGCUUUGCUGCUGUUUGUACAAUGGAACUUUGUUGGAAGAUGGAGAUUAAAAAUGUUAGUGAUGAAAGAUUAAGAAAAAACUUGCGUCUUGGAACAUGAGCGAGGCAUUGGGUAGGACAUCAGAAAUUAAGUAAUUGAUAAUGCUUCACUUACCGGUAUGUAAUUGCAUUCAAAGCAAUUGGUUCAUCUCCCCGCAUUGCACAAUGAAAUUCCUAAAAUCAGUAAUGCUCCUCAAUCUCGUAACCCAUCGCCUGCUUCUCCACAGUACACAAGGUGCCUUCGUUUAACGCCCAAUGUAUAUGAUUUGUAAAACACUGCUUUGGAUUAUCCAGUUUUUUUCUUUUUAUUUAAAUGUAUUUUAAAUAAACUCACGAAUGUUUGACUCGGCUAAUAUGGAUGUAUAUGUGGAGAACUUCUGGACCAAUAUUGGUUCCAAUGAAUGAGAUGUAAUUGUAAAGCUUAUACUGUAUGUAUAUUAUGCAAGUGAGGUCAUGUAAAUGAGGCAAUAACACAGGUCUGCACAGAUGAGUUCAUGUACUCGCUUUCCCGAUGCAGGCCAUCGUUCACUGCAUGGAGCAUGGUCACCCGCUGUGCACGGGCUGCAGUAGAGUUGCAAUUUUAGUGGUACGGUGCCAAAUUGAUCGAUGUGGCAAUUAUCGGGAUAUCAGUUUCCUGUAACUUUUUUAUUGUAUUUCCAUUUGUAUUGUAUAUAUGUGCUUUGCUGUGCCUCCAGAACGAAUUGAUUACUUCAAAUGUAUUCAACUGUAGUUCACUUAACAUAAGCCUACCAUACACGUCUUCUAAUCAUUACCAACGCUACAAUCUUCAGUGCUUAUAACGCAUAUGCGGUAAAUUCCUCUGAGCAUUACUUUACAAAGCACAAUUUUAAUAGAUAAUAUAUACAAAACGUUUUAUACAAAUAAAAUUAGCAAUAAUCGCGAGACAAACAGACGAUUUGACUAACAUUUAGAUGUAUGAUAGAUCGUAGGACACUUUCACCAUAUCCCGGGCAGCCCUAAUGUGCAACUCAACUGCUGUGUACUUCACGGGCUGCCCUCUGAGGUCACGUGACAGUGAAGAGCAAUUGCUCUGCGGAUGUGUGAGAUUGUAAUGCAUAUGUAUGCAUAUGUACACUACGCAUAUAAGUGUGCAUAUGCCUGUACAAUCCAAGCUGGAUACAGACAAUCGGCACAGAUCUGAUAUAUCCUUACAUUAGACUGGUAGUGGCAAGGCAAAGGGCAACUUCUGACACAAGCACAGUCUUUUGAUUAUAAGCACAUGUGUGCUUGCUCCCAAGGGUUGUACUUAUAUGCAGCCUCUGCUGUAGACUGUGCUAUAUAUGUAUAUACACUGCACACCAGCCAUCAUUUACCCCAAAGUGACGGUGUAAGGACACUGAGGCCAUUGUUCAGUUAUGAAACUAUCCAUCAGAAGAUCACAAGACAAUCUGAGCUGCAAUUCGUGGGCAGGUUCCACCAGCUAUUUUGCUAUGUGGCAGAUUGUCGCCAAUAUUCAACUUUGUUAGAGAAUAUUUCACAUUCUAUUGUAUUUUAUGUGCGCUUUGCUGUACUGUAUGUUUAGUCCGAAUAAAUAUGGCUUUAAGGUUUUUCAAAAGCAACCGAAAGAUCACAUUUCACCCCAGCUUAGUCUGUUAUUGUGGAGUAGGCAUGGCAAGGGCAGGAAUUUGCAUGGGGUUUGUUAAGUGUUGCCUCUCCCACCACGUGGUGGAUUAUUCAUUAAAAUUGUAGUAAAGCCGAAAAUAAUAUUCUGGCCCCAUUCUCCCAGAACCAGUGUGUGGUGUAAUAAGCAGUUCUCACCAGAGACAAGCCUGUCCUGUACAUUCAAUAAACGCACGAUGUUUGCAAGUUCCUAUUAAGGCCAACACGGUUCAUGAGGGGUGGUGUGGCAAUGUUAAAGUGGAAGAAAGGAACCACUGUUUUGCUACAUGCUUAUGCAGAUGUAAGAUAUCGGAUUUAGUUUUUUGCAUGUUUUGAUUUUGUCUCUUUUGAAUGUUUUCCCCCCCGAUAUCUUUCUAAAGUCUCCCUUGAAAGAGCUGUGUAUCGAUGAAUAUUUACUUUGUUAUAUAUAAACAGUAUCUAUCUUGCUGUUGUAAUAUUGUACAGUACAUAUAUACAUAGAAUAAAACAGACAAUGUAAGUAAUA